AUGGUGUCUGCUCGUUCUCAUACACCGAGCCCUGAACCGGCCCCACGGCCCAUGCUCUCCAGCAGGUCCGACUUGCCAGAAGCCCCCAGCUCAAGCUCCGCGCUUCCGUUCAAUGAAACCACACAGACUAUCAACGAACGCCAUGCCGAGGCCGCCGACAGCUACGUCGUCGGGCCCAUGCCUGUGGAGAAAUUCCUCAAUUUCCUGCCUCCGAAGAACGUGGCACUGAUGCCCCCUUCUGCGGGAGCGUUCGAUAAACUUGCAGACGGUAAUGUAGCCCUGGAGUUGUGCAAGGCCAUCACGGACCACGACCGGUGUCCACGGUUCGACUUUCGCUACAGUGGUCCGGAAAAUGAAGAAGAGAUGCCCGCGCUGGUGUGCGUGCCGCAUGGGUCCGACAGCGUCCCCGCCGCCAAGUCAGAAAUGUACAUCGACGUCCAAGGCGCUGCACAGGGCGAUUUCAUGCGUGAUCCCCCAUGCGGUGUGGACAGGUCGCGUCACAAGUUCCUGCUACUACUCGAGCAUGCAGAGCAGACGGGCCGAGAGAGGGCACGCCAGGCAUUUGGCCGUAACGUGCGGUGGGCGACCGACGCGUGCGGGCAGCAGUUCCGCACGCACUUCUUCUCGAUCUCGCUCCACGGCACGUCUGCGCGGCUCAUGCGCUGUGACAUGGGCGGGAUGAUCGCCUCAGAGGCGUUCGAUGUGUGUGAGUACCCGGAGAUCCUGUGCGAGUUCCUCUGGCGGUUCGCACAUGCGUCCACCGCCGAGCGCGGAUACGACCCAACGGUCUCGCCCGCCACGGCACUAGAGGAGGGCAUGUUCAAAAAUAUUAUCGCGGCUUAUGUGAAUUACCAGCUCGACCUGCGCCGCAAUCUCAUGUACAUCUUGCAGGCACUCGCGCACCACUACCAGCCGGGCCGCGUCGCGGCGAUCGGUAUCGUCCAGCCAGAUGGUACCGUCGCGCGCUGUAUAGUAUCGCGGCCGAUCUCGAAAUUCUUCUCCUUGCGGCGUGGAGGUAUGCGUGGGUACUGGGGUGUCAUGCGAGGCAAAAUAGUCUUUGUGAAAGAGACCUGGCGCGAGUGGACGCUCGUGAAGGAGUCAGAGGGCGCGAUUCUCGAACGGCUGCAUAAGGAGGGGGUGCACAACAUCCCCAGCCUUGUGUGCCAUGGCGAUGUCCCUGAGCGGACGGACGAGUGCGCUGCAGAAUUCCAGUACACACAGACGGAUAGAUACGUCAGCGAAAAUUGGGUAUGCACUGGGGAUCGCAAGAUAAUGGUGCGCUCCCGUGUGCACUACCGUUUGGUCCUCGGCACUGUCGGUUAUCCGCUCCACGCAUUGAGAGGGACGAAAGAGCUCUUGUCCGCCACAUUCGAUGUGUACAGCGGGAUGAUCUACGCCUUCCUCCACGGAAACACGCUCCAUCGCGACGUCAGCCUGGAAAACAUCAUUCUGGUCAGGGAGGGGGAAGACAGGCUUCGCCACGGUUACCUCAUCAACUGGGAGCUCUCCUCGCAGAUGACCGAAGAGAAGGAAGCACUAGACGAAUGGACGGUGGGCAAGGACGCGUUCAUGUCGCACCGCCUGCAGACACGCAUGGCGCCGCUACGGCAGACUAUGCGAGACGACAUGGAGUCGCUCCUCUACGUCGUCGCAUACUGCGGGCUGCACUGGUUGCCGCACCGCACGCGGGGCGCGCACACUGCCGCGCAGGCUUUGUUCUACAAUGUACAGGUGGGGCGUGACGGCGAAGGCAUGACGGUCCGCUCGAUGGCUCCGGGCGAGGGGAAGAUGGAGAACAAGCGCAGCAGGAAACACGUGAACCCCGCGUUCUUCAGGAAACCGUUCGCGUUGUGGCUGCAGGGCGCGAUGGACCUGAAUUGCCCACGGGCGAAGUGUGCAGGCGCGAUCAAGGUGGGGGACGCGGUAUUCCCAGACGAGACGCAGUGGGCGAGCCCGCUGCCACUGUACGACUUCUGGGUUGAGUUCCUGAAUAAGCACGAGCGGAAGCUGCACACGCAGGAUAGGCGGAAGAACUUCGAGCGGGAUGAGGCAGAUCUGGCGUUGUUCAGUGCGACGCGGGCGGUGGAGCACCAUACAGCACCACGGCCUGGUAAGCGGAAGGCGUCGUCUUCGCCCCACCCUGUGGAACGGAUGCUCAAGCGGCGAAGAAUUACUACACCAGGCCUCAUUUCGUAUAAGGUUUGCAACGCGGCGUACUCAUGGGAUUGGUUCCCUGGUUCUCAUACGGCGCUAUCGACUAGCUACAUAUUUGCCCAGGCUGCCGUGCUUACAGACCACACCCCGCUCUUCUACAUCACCCUCAAACACCAUACGGAGGCAUCCAAUACGAAUCACCCCAGCAUCUCAUACUACUUACAGCAAAGCUCCAUGGGCGGGAUUGUCUCCGCAGUUGUCAGUGUCACCACUGCAGUGCUUGGACUGAUUGGGCUCAUCCGCAAGUUUGAGUCCCCAGAAGAGUCUGGGCAGCAGAUCGCUCCGAAUCCCGUGAUACAGGAACUAGAAGAACGCGCUCGGGAGGCGCAGGCUCAGCGCGAGCAAGUCGAACGUGAAAGAUCGGAGGCAGAAGAAGGGAGGCGUCUCGCGGACGAGGCACGCCAAAGGGCAGAAAACGAGACGGUGCGUCUUCAGGAGGAGAAGAAACGCGCGGAGCAUGAGAAACGGGAGGCGGAAGAGAGUAAAAGACUCGCGGAUGAGGCGCGGCAGCGUGUGGAGGGUGAGAGGCGACGCGCCGAGGUAGAGAAGCAGCACGCGGAGCACGCUAAGCGAGAGGCCGAGGAACAGAGGAGACAAGCGGAUGAGAAUCGGCAGCGCGCAGAGGCGGAGCGGUGGCGUGCUGAAGAGGAGAAACGCCGCUCGAAUGAGGAGAAGCAGAAGGCCCAAGAAGAGAAACGUCGUGCUGAGGAGGCGGGCCGGAAGGCUGAAGACGAGAGGCAACAGGCCGAUGAGAAACGAAGACACGCCGAGAAGGAGAGACAACAGGCAGAGAAUAACAGGCAGCGAGCUGAAGCAGAGAGCAGGAACGCUGAGGCAGAGAGGAAAAGAGCAGAGGACGCCAAGGAGAAAGCGACCGCUGCUAAAGAGGAUGCGGAACGUGCCUCGGCGGCAGCUGAAAAGGCUGCGGAAGAGGCUCGACGCGCACAGCAGGAGGCCGAGAAAAAUCUGAGGGCGGGCAUACGUCCUGUUGUCUUGCCGACGGAAGAGGAGAUCCGCAUUCACAAGGAGCGGCUGCAGUAUCGAGAGGGGAAGUUGCACUUCGCGGUCGCUGGUAUUGCGGGUAGUGGCAAGUCGUCACUCAUCAACGCUCUGCGUGGCAUCAGCAACAGACACAAGGAUGCAGCGCGGGUUGGGGUCACCGAGACCACGAAGAUCAUCGCGCGGUACCCGGAUCCGAACUCCAAAAGGCCGUUUGUCUGGUACGACGUCCCAGGCGCGGGAACCCUGGCUAUUCCCGAUUGGCAGUAUUUCAACGACCACGGCCUAUACGUCUUCGAUGCCAUCAUCGUGCUCUUCGACAACCGUUUCACCGAGACAGACGUCGCUCUACUGCGAACCGCCGCACUCUUCCAGAUCCCCACUUACAUCGUGCGCUCCAAGUCGAAUCAGCACAUCGCCAACCUCCUGACUGACCUUGAAUUCGGGGAAGAGGAAGACGAUGCUAGUCGCCGUGCAACCGCGCGCCAGAUAUACAUCACGGAGACUCGCGACAGCGUUGCACAUAAUCUUUUCGAAGCAGGACUUCCCGGGCAGCGGGCAUACCUCAUCACGGCGAAGGAGGUUCUGUGUGAAGUAGUCAAAGGGCGGACGCCGAAAGAUGUCAUCGAUGAGGUCGAUCUGCUCAGCGAUAUACUGCAGGAGGCGCACUCUCGUCGUGUCAGGGCCAAGCCGUCGCAGACUUCACGCCAUGCGUCGUAUUCAUCAAAAUAG